UGUAGGCUCAUUGUAAUUUUUUAUUUUCAUUUAUUUAUUUUUUUUAUUUUUAAGAAAACACAAUGUCUAGUAUUGUUGAACGCGUCUUUAUUGUAGGUGGUACGGGUAAUAUUGGUAGGAAAGUUGUCAAUGAUUUACUCGACAAUAACGUUGCUGUCACGUUAUAUGCUCGUAACCCCGUGAAAGUUCAAGACCUGUUUUCUUCUCAUAAGAAUAGUAAGCACCUUGUCAAUGUAGUUCAGGGGGAUUAUCAUGAUUUAAGUCCUAUCCAGGAAGGGAUUAAAGGCCAUACUCGACUUUUCUUACUUGUUGCUGAUUUUAAUAAUUUUGUGAAUUGCAAGUUAACUAUCUCUCAGUAUGCUUAUGUAGCAGGCGUUCAACAGAUCGUCGAUAUUUCAUCUUUCAGUGUGAAUGCAGGUUGGAGGGAAUCCCUUAUUGGCUCAAAUCAUUAUCUUGCUGAAAAGGCCAUCUUUGAGAUCCCUAACCGUGGUCACUUUGUUGCUCUUAGACCGGGUCGUUUUAUGUCCAAUAUCUUUAUGCAAGCUCAGACGAUGACAACAACAGGCGCUAUGUAUGAUAUCACUGAUCCUAAUAAAGCUCACGGCUGGAUUUCACCUAAUGAUAUUGGUGCAGUUGCUGCUGUUAUCUUGCGCGAAGAUAUUAAAAAACAUGCUGAUGCUGUUUAUCACUUAACUGGUGAUGUCUCAACUCCAUCAAAACUUGUACAUAUUAUUUCUAGUCUUAUUGAUCGCGAUAUAGCUUAUAUUCAAAUUUCUCCUGUUCAAAAGUAUAACAAAUUAAUGGAAACAGGUCAUAUUUCACAUUUGCUAGCUAUUGAUUUAAUAGAUAAUUUAGAAAAUAAUAGAGAUGAUGUUAUCACUCCUACUAUUGAAAUUUUACUUGGUAGAAAACCAGAAACUCUAGAAGAAUAUCUUUUAGCUAAUAAAUCUCAAUUUUAUUAAAGUUUUUUUUUUCUCCCAAAUAUUACGUAAUAAAACGCUCUCCUAUUA